AUGCCUGCAAUUGCUAGUAAAUCUACCACAGUUACUAGUAGUCCUGCUGUUACCAGUAGGCCUUUCAUCUCUAGCAAGCCUGCUGUAACUAGUAGGCCUGCCAUCGCCGGUAGGCCUAUCGCAGCUAAUAGAUCUACUGCUGCUAACACGCCUUUUAUUACUAGCAAGCCUGAGGUGACCAGCAGAUCUGCUGUUACCGAUACACGUGUCUUCGCUAGCACGCCUGCAGUAACUACUAGGCCUUUUGUAACUAUCAAGCCUGCAGCAGCUAGUAAGCCUACCAUUAAUAGCAAGCCUGUAGCGAAGAAUAAAGCUAUCGUUAUCGGUAGGCCCAUCAUUGCUAGCACUCCUGCAAUAACUGGUAACUCUGGCAUUGCCCGAAGGCCUGUGAUCGCUACCAAGCUUUUCUGGCACUGCAAGCCCUACAUUACAAAAGGCGUCUGUAUCUACUUGGAAGCCUGGGAUUACGUUGAGAUCUCCCGUUGA